CUUCAACUCUCACUCUCCCACACAUCCGGAGCUAGCCACAUCACCGCUGUCCAUCUACGCGUCUCUGUGCUCCUCGAAAAGCCAGCAAUCCUAUCUAUAAUCUUCGCCUGGGCCGUUUGCGCUCCAUCACCACCGCCGUUUGCUUCAUUCGAGUCGACGACACAACUCGUCUCAACAGGGAGCUCUUGCAUGCUAGCACCCUCGACCUGCCAUUUAAGCGCAACCUUCACUGCAAGUUCGCGUCGACUGCCGCGCGCACCUCUGGCUCGUUCGCCCACCGCUACUUCCGACUCUUUACGCGGUCAGCCCAACAACUAGCUUCCUUCACCUACACGCAAUCGACCACAUCAGAGCGCCGCAAUCAUGUCCAAGGUUGUCAGAAGCGUGAAGAACGUGACCAAGGGCUACUCGGCCGUCGAAGUCAAGGUCCGAAAUGCAACCAGCAAUGACCCCUGGGGUCCGGUGGGAUCCGACAUGGCGGAGAUUGCUCAGAUCACCUUCAACAACUCGACCGACUUCUACCAGGUUAUGGACAUGCUUGACAAGCGACUCAACGAUAAGGGCAAGAACUGGCGCCACGUACUCAAGUCGCUUAAAGUUCUCGACUACUGCUUGCACGAGGGCUCAGAGCUGGUUGUGACGUGGGCGCGCAAGAACAUCUACAUUAUCAAGACAUUGCGAGAGUUUCAGUACAUCGACGAGGAUGGCCACGAUGUCGGCCAGAACGUGCGAAUGGCCGCUAAGGAAUUGACCACUUUGAUCAUGGACGAGGAUCGCCUGCGCGCCGAGCGAGCCGACAGAAAAUCGUGGAAGUCGCGUGUGACGGGCAUCGAGGAGUAUCCUGGCAACAACCGAGCAAUCAUUGGAGAAGGAUCGCAGCAAAGGCGUCCGCGAGAUCGGGAGCAGGGUCGCCCACGCAGAACCGACGAGGAGGAGUUCGAGAUGCGAUUGGCGCUUGAGGCGAGCAAGAACGAGGCAGAGGCGGAAAAGCAGCGCCGGGCAAAAAGCAGCACGGUUACUGACGACGACGAAGACCUCGCAAAGGCCAUCAAGCUGAGCAAGGAAGAGGAGGAACUGCGCCGGAAAGAGCUGGAGCAGACCAAUGCGGACCUUCUUUUUGGCGAUGCUCCCGCUCAACCAACCUCGUACCAGCCCACGGGCAACAACCAGGGCUACCAACAGCAAGGCCAAGUCGAUUGGUUCGGAAAUCUUGUGGACCAAAAUCAACAACAGCCGCAGAGCACUGGCUUUCUCAACAACGCGUAUUCUCAGCCAACUGGUAUGCAAGCACAGCAGACGGGCUUUCAGAAUGGAUACGGCGGUUACAACGGCCUUCAAGCGCAGCAGCAGCAGCCACAGCCUACCGGAUUCGACCAGUUCGGCAAUCAGCAGGCGCAGUACAUGCAGCCCCAGCAGACGUCUUUUAACAUGAACAACCCGUAUGGUCAGUUCGGCGGUGGCUUUGGCGACAUGGGGCAGCAGCAGCAGCAACAACAACAGCAACUACAACAGCAACAGCAGCAACCGCUGCAAGAACAGAGUACGCUUCAGCCGGGCAGCCAUAACCCAUGGGCAUCCAAGUCGCAAGAUCCUCUAAUGCCUCAGCCCACUGGCUCCAACAACCCCUUCGCCUCAGGCUUCAAUCGGCCACAGACUGCGCAGGCGCAAAGAGUGCCUACUCUCAACACCCUGCAUGAGCAACAGAGCCAGGCACCAUACAACAACACUCCGUUCAGCGCUUCAACAUCGUUCUUGGCACCACAGCAGCAGGCACAGCCAGUGCAACAAGCACAGCCAAUGCAGCAAGCACAGCCGACACAACCGCAGAAGGAAAUGGACCCGCAUGCUGCAAGACUCAAUGCCCUUCUCGCAUCAGGAGAGGGCCAGGAUACAUUUGGUAACGUUGGAAACCUUCGUAUACCAUCUCAGCACACGGCACCCGGAACGUUUGUCAACUCUGCUGGUGCGGGCCUGAACCGCGUCAACGCCAACGCAACCGGAAACAAUCCCUUCCUCAACUCCCAGUUUACCGGUAUGCCACAGCAAAACCGCCUUAUGCCCGCUCAAACUGGCCCAGCAGGCAACUUUGGGGCCAAUCCAUAUGGUGGGGUGAGCGCAAACCCCUUUGGCGCUCCUCCACAGGGGACUCGACAGGCAGGUGGCAACAACCUGAUAGACUUAUGAGUGUCACGUAGCUGGAGAGAAAGGAUGUGAUGUUCGCGUUCCCCUGAUCUGACAUUUCGCAUGCGUUCCUUUAGUUAAUCACGUUUGCGGAUUCACAGAGUGGGAUGCUCAAAAGCUUCAUGGGUGGGAGACGAUGAAUGGGUGGCAAGAUUUGGAGAACCCGGCGAGGCUUCUUUUUUGAUUUGGUGAUUUGGUGGAUAGCGUAUGAUUCCCUUCAUAGGCAGAGAGCAAUUUUAUAUUCUUGGUCAGCUCGA